UCAACCAUGCUGACGUUUUUCUUGAUGCUCAUGACAUGUCAAGUAUUGUCAGCAGCACGAUUUGACACCAGUGUCUACUCCGAUCUACACGCCCGUGCUAGAAAGUACCUAACAGAUAGAGGCAAAGAGGGCGGCAAUGACAUCACUCGUGAUCUGACGUCUUCCCUCUCGCAGCUACAAGACGAAUUUUCAGAAACCAUUCCGCGAAUACUGAAUGGAUUCCUCGAUCAAGAAAUUGUCAACGUGUCUUGGAAAUGCGCCAAUGACACCUUAACAGUGUUGGCUGGAGUGGAACAACAACAGACGUGGGCAUUACGAAUGUUGGAUGCGAUGGGCAAACCAGGAAGCGGUCUUCGUGAUGGAAGUAUUUUGUGGCUGGGAUCUUAUGACGAGUGUCUGAGCACGACUGCGGUGGACAAGGCACAGAGAACACUGUUUGACACUCGCUACUGCAGAAUACAACUACUGCCAGACGCAGUGGCCAAACAGGGAACGGACGGUUUUAUGGGCCUGUUUCCUACUUUAGGACUAUGUGUUCCAGAUGCAUGUGGUAACACUGAUAUAACGCUGGUGGCAAAUGAAUUGCUGCUGCAAUUGAAACUAAAAAAUAUCACCGCGCAGGUCAUCUGCCAGGAGAGACAACUGCAACUAGACACCAAAGCUGUAGUGGCAAUCUGCGUGUGCGUUAUAUUCGUUACGCUAAUGGUUCUCGGGACAGUGUAUGAUGUGUGUAUACAACAAAAGAAAGACGUCGUGUAUCGGUCUAAGACCCCAACCGACAAAACUCCACUGCUGAAUAAAGAAGAAGAUUCGGAGAAGGUCACUAUUAAUGACGUUAAUACCAGCAUGUCUAGUACGAAGGUACACAGAAAACAGUUGCCAGUGACAGUUCCCCACGAUGAUGGAAAACCAGCAAUUUGGCUUAAACUCCUUGGAGCCUUUUCCGUGUACACAAAUGGCGCAAAACUUCUAAACACAGAGCAGCCGACCGGAAGUCUGACUGCCGUCCAUGGCAUACGAUUCAUGAGCAUGACCUGGGUCGUCUUGGGUCACUCGUACUUCGUCGUGUUAAGUGUUUCAGGAAACUUACAACCAUUUCUGAAAGAGUCUAUAUCAAACUGGACGUUCCACACUAUACUGAAUGCCUUGGUGGCCGUUGAUACAUUUUUCACAAUGAGUGGAUUGUUGGUGGUGUAUCUCAUCAUAACGGAAAUGAAGAAAUCAGAAGGUCGAGUCAACUGGGUCAUGUUUUAUUUCCAUCGUUUCUGGAGACUAACGCCAGUGUACAUGUGUGUGCUGAUGUUGGACGUCUGCCUGUUGCGCUAUGUUUCUGAUGGACCCAUGUGGCCACAAGGAGGAAUUGAACUAAACGCCUGCCGCGACACCUGGUGGACCAAUCUGCUGUACAUAAACAAUUUGGUUAAGCGAGAUAGCAUGUGUUUCGGAUGGUCGUGGUAUUUGGCAGACGACAUGCAGUUCUACGUCCUCAGCCCACUCAUCAUUAUACCACUGUUCUUUCGUAAGUUGUUGGGGUUUGCAGUACUUGCGGUCUUUUUACUGGUCACCAUAACAUCAGCUGGGUUGGUAACCAGGUUGGUGGGUAUUCCAGCGGGAUUCGUGUAUCAGACAAAAGGAGUGGUAUUUGACCCAUUAAAAUUCAAUGACUACUACUAUACUCCCUAUUGUCGGAUGGGCCCCUAUCUCGUGGGGAUGGCAGCAGGCUACAUUCUGGCAAAAUCUAGCUGUAGAGUGAAAAUGAACAAAGUGGUGUCGCUGGGAGGUUGGUGUGUGGCCGCGGUGGCAGCGCUCGCUGUUCUGUACGGCCCGUACGAGUCGGCCAACGGGACGCCCAUGACACCAGACGUUAAUGCUUUCUACAACGCGGUGCACCGGACGGUGUGGGGGGCGGCCGUCUCAUGGGUCAUCUUCGCCUGCGCCACCGGCCACGGAGGGUUUGUAAACAAGUUUCUGUCAUGGAAAGGGUUCGUCCCUCUGAGCCGUCUCACGUACUCCGCCUACCUCGUCCACAUGUUGUUACUGGUGACAUUCGCCCUGUCCCAGCGAACACCCGUCUACAUCAGUAAUUUCAACAUUGCGUACCAGUUCUUUGGCCACUUAAUAGCAUCAUAUUCUGCCGCCUUCCUCGUCAGUCUUACCUUCGAAUCACCCAUGAUGGGACUAGAAAGGGUUUUGUUCAAGAGGAAAACAAAAUAAUGAGCAUUGUGUGUGAGACAUUCGCAAUCGGAAACUUCCGUCUCAUUUAUUUUUUUCUAUUUUUUUGUGGGGUGUUUUCAUAAGGCACAUCGUCAAAUAUUACGGAAAGAAAGCAACUACGUAUACGGGUCUGAAUGAUAGUAAGAUGUGAGCGUGUUUAUUGGUGCCAAAAUAUACUGUUCGCCAUAGCCAAUACAUUUAUCUACUUCUGUGCAAUGUCAGGCGCGAUUGUAGUAAAUUGUGCAGAGGAGUCUAGACUGUGGUGGGUGAGGUUUAAGGAGGGGUCGGGACAUGCUCCCUGGAAAAUAUAAUACAGAUUUUCUUAAUUCGCAUGGACCAGGGUGGGGUGUGGGUUGACCCCAAUCCCCUUCCCUUGCACACACGCCUGAAUGGACGCUGGAUGUUGAAACCAGUAUAGUCUACAAUAUACAACGCAACUACCAGUUCUGAAAGGUGUUGUUAAUAAUAACAAUAAUAGUAGUAGUAGUAGUAGUAGUAGUAGUGGUAGUAAUAAUUAAAUCAGUUAAAUGUCGCGGGACAUACCUUUUCCCGCUAAUUAAAUGUAAGUUGUCAUACGUUUUAUGUUUGUACUAUCUGGGUUAAUUGUUUACAUUAUUUGUAUCAGAAAUGUUAACUAUUUUUCCAAUGGAAUUUUAAAACUGGUACCGUAUAAGAUAACCUACUAGUAUAUAUGCUAUAUUUACUAUGUUAGUUAAAACGGUGAAUAGUUUUAGUUGUUUUUACACUUUGAAAACAAAAGAAAAGAAGAAAUGAGUGUAGCGCACGUUAGUAACCAUUUGGCCUUCUUUUAAUUAUACAUAUUAUUUUACAAGCUUGUUUGAGAUAACUUCAAGUAGGUAUUAAAAGCAGUGAUACACACGUGUCAGCGGUUUGACGGCUUGUGGCCGUACACUUGAGAGGACUCGAAAACACAGCUUGGCUGGUAAAUUCACUAAUUGGCCAUUGCCACCUUAGUGCUAAUGUAACUUAAUGAACGAUAGUUUACAGACUGGAAUAGUCCAUUGCACACGAUGGAGGUCGACUGUGGGGAAGUGUCACGAAUUUGUUAAUAGCUAACCUUUUUAAAAAGUUAAUUAUUAUUACGAUUGUCACGUUGUAUGAUUUUGGAAAUAUACUUUUUACUUUAUUAUUUUUCAACUUUUAAGUUUGUUCAAUGGUUGCAUGAAACACGAUGGGAGUAUCACCCCCCCCCCCCGUACACACACCUUUAACUCUGUAGCACAUCCCGAAGGCUUACGCGGAACAUUCUAAUUAAGAAAGCUUUGUUUAUUGGUUAAUCGUUAACGCGGUCCUUUCUGAUACAGUCGUCCAUUACCAGAAGACAGAAGUCAGAUUGACGGGCAAUGGACGUAUUAUACCCAUCUCUCUCUCUCUCUCUGACUGCAUCUGUAUGAACUUUCACGUGAGUUUUCCCAUUUGUGAAAUAUAACCAAUAACUCCACAUUGGACAGUUAUUAUUUACCUGUGAGGUACGAGAGAUAUAGAUCGGCUAUGCCAUGACGGAGAUUACGGAAACUGUUCGAACAUUCGAAAAUGAGAGUGUGUUUCUGAUCUCUUUGUUGGUCAUGGUGGUUCUAUCGCUAGUGGUUACAGGCUGUUUGUUCUGGGAGCUAUGUGUUCGUAAACUGUACAGGAAACCCGCGCUGAGGUGUAACGCACGCGCAUUAACAUCACCAACAGACGUGAAGUCAUCUCUAAGAAAGAAGAAUAAGUGUAGGAAAGAACUGAGUGUGCGAUUUAGCGAUGAACUGGAAUCGAUAUGCCUAUCGGAUAUUUACGAGGACAGAUCAAUUACGGAGUCGGCGAUAUUUUUGUCGGAUUCGUACGAAGGUAGAUCGGUCACGGAGUCGGCUGGCUACAACGAGGACCAGGACCUUUCCGAGGUGUUCAUGGUGCAUGCGCAGGCCGCGUUCUCCCCGUAUCACCUGACGUACACGACUCCUCGAAAGUCGACUGAUCACGUGGACAUCCCAAACCUGUUCAACUGUGAAAUGUCUCCAGUCGACAACGAACCGGAGAUCCACGAAUCUCGACACUUUGACAACAUCGACGAACACAAGGACAGUGGCCAUUGCGUUGAUGAUGAUGAUGCUGAUGAUGACGAUGACAACAAUAGAACAGAAAACUGUGACGUCAAAAUAGACCUAUUUUUGAAUACGUCAUCAAAGUCCUCAACUUGUGACAACGCGUCUGAUUGCGACAAAGGCAUCGGUUCGCUGGAAACCAGUCCAUGUUUCGUCACCAUGGAACCUGCUACUGACGUCACGGCAUGGCCGAUAAAUGUGGUAGAAAAACCUUCGCGUAGAUUGUCGACGCCAAAACCGGAACUGGAUGGAUCAUAUGUAACACCGAUUACACAAAAGGUGCGCGGCUCUGUGUCUUCGGUGUGUAGUCUGGAGUCCUCGUUGACGUGGGACAGUUACCCCUACCAGGAGAGAGUGAACACCUCCCUUUCGUGGGACAACUUCCCGCUAAAUAGAUCUAAGAACAGCAGUAACGUCGAAAAUGUAUGCAAUUAAAAAAAAAAUUUUCACUGGCAUUUAAGUGCAUUUAUCCUAGUUCUUCUUUAGAAAUGUAUGGCUAUGCGUAUUAAUGUAAUAAAUAACCUAUUUGUAGCUGAAGUUUCGUGUGUACAUAUAUUGACGUAAAUAAAAACAAUAUUUAUUUUG